AUGCUUGAGUUGGAAGAUAUCGGUUCAAAUAACGGUUGGUGGAUCAUGAACAAGGCCAUCGAGCCAUUGGAUAACCAAGACAUUGGGAUGAUCGAUUAUCUCAGUGUCGAGGUCAUGGAUCGCACGAUGCCGGAAUUUGAGCGCCUCGAGAAAAUCUACGACACUAUCGAAGAAGCCAGGACUCAGACCGAUCCCAUUGCUCGUUUAGCUAGGUCACUUCCCGCCGGUACCACGAUCAGAAAGGUGGCCCCAGGGACCAUGGGAGAUGUGACUGUGGAGUGGGGUGACGAAGCCUUGCAGAGGGAGAAGACGACAACGGCAUUGUCGGGAAAUUCACCGAAACCUUACAGGGCACAGUCGGUGCAGUUACAACCACCGGCGAAGCGCCAAGCUCUGAACCAUGCCCCCGAGGCUGAAGACGACAGAAACCCCCGGGCUAUCUCAGAAUCAGUACAUCAAGCUGCGGUCGAACUCUGGGCACUGAGCCGAACCCCCCAGAUGGCAGCUACCCAGAUGGCAGCUAGAGCCCUAUCCCAGAAUAAUGAGUUUGACCUGAAAGGUACCGUUCAGCACGAUGGCGCACAGGACAGUAAUACUCAGGACAAUGGUAUCCAGAACUUUAACAUCUACGACUAUAUUAUCGAUGAUGAGAUCAAGCAGGAGAGCAGUACCGAAGAUAAUGACAGUGGUAGAUGGGUGGACCCAGCCCCUGUCAACACAAGGGAUUCUGUUGACCCUAGAGUGAAAGCCUGGGCCGAUGCCAGAGCGGCCGCUUAUGAAGAAGGGGUAAUCAAGGAAGAAGAAGGGAGUGAGGAACCAAUCCGUGUUGUGGAUCCGGAUGAACACUUUGUUGGCGUUGAAUCCAGCCCAGAAACCUCAACUGAAAGCACUUUAACUCCCGAGGAAGCUUUGCUUGCCUCGGUACUGUAAGCGAUCAUUAUACCACUUGAUACGGCUUCAGGAGCAAGCCCUUGCAGAGAUACGUGGCAGUAUCAAGAAUUUACCUCUGAGUCCAGGACCUUGG